AUGACCAUGAACACAUCAUGGUUGUUUCUGGCUAUCACCAUCUCAGUGUUGCCCUUAAUUCAAUGCAGGCAUGUACUUUACUUGGGCUCUCCACGUGUAAACAAUCAAGGAACAUGGAAAGCGUGGCAAAUAUGCCACGAUGGGUGGUUUGUACAUGGAAUGCAGUUGAAAUAUGAGGCUACCGGAGGUGAUCUAACUGGAAUGAACGCAGUUGCAUUGUACUGUCAACGUAUUGGAUUGGUGAGGGGAAAGCAAGGCCGAGGGCGCCCCAACGGCACAAACGCUCAAUAA